GGCCCAGGCCAGGCUCGGGGCUGCGGGGCGGGAGGCGGCCGGGUGGGGGACAAGCCGGAGACCACAGGGGAGACAGGCAGGCCAGGGCAAGGGGACUGAGACACAGGCGGGAGCCAGGGACCGAGACGCGAACGGGGUGAAGAAACCGACACUCGGGCCAAGCCACCAAAGGAGGCAGAGCCAGAACUCACACCCAGAUCCAGAGAGGACAGGAAAAUGGCCACCUGGGAUGAAAAGUUAACAUGGCUGACGUCACACACUUUAGACGGGACUGUCUCCUCUCUGGCAAUCCUCGUUUCCUUACCCCUGGGAAAUAGACUGGGCACGUCCUCCCAUAUCUGCAUCUUUAAAACUCAACCCGUUGGUGACUCCUGCAAUCGGUCAUUUAAGCAAUGAACUAGAAUAAAACGGAAAAUACAAGAGUUCACGCACUUAGAAACUUGAGUGUUGGUUGUGGAACACGUGUAUGUAUGUCAGAGUGUACUAAAAAGUAGCAUGUAAAGUGUCUUUUUCUCACUGAGUAACACUCGGCUGAGCUCCCUGCACGGCCCUGAGCUCCUCACAGCUGUGAGCCUGGUCCAGGGCGGCGUUCAAGGAGGUUGUGCAAGAGGAAGGGGCUCUGGGCCAGGCAGCCUGCGUCUCACUCUCACUGGCCGUGUGACCUGGGAAAAGUUGUUGGCCUCUCCAUUCCCAGUUUCCUCGCCUGUCGAUGGAGAUGUCUCCACUCCCCACCUCACGAGGCUGUUGCAAUGUGUUAUUAGAGGACUUUGUACGGAGCUCAGAAAUGGCAGGUGCCCGGGAGGUAGUUGACGCUCACUGUGGCUCCUGCUACCGGAUGUUAUUGCCCGCACCAUCUCCGCCCAGCCUCACCCUCAUCUUGCCAGCGGACCACUCUGUCAAGACGGGAGGGAUCCUGACCCCACAGGAAAAGGAGAGAAGUGUUGCAGCAUUUCUGGGGGGACGUGGGCCACCGGUCGGGCUCGUUGGCCCAUAAGCAGCGGCCCCCGCAAGCCGGUCAGCCAUCAGUGGUGGUUGUUUUUGCCAACCUCAGACUUCCUCCCCACCCUAGAGAAGGAAAAGCUGCCACGCUUAUUUAAAGACUUCCCUGAUUUUAAAAAUAGGCAUUCCUCAGAACACCACUCCCCGGGGGCUGGGGGCGCGGCCCUGGGGUAGGUGACCGUGCGCCUGGAGGCCCUCCCGCCUCCCUCCCGCCAGAGGAGAGGUUUGCUCCAGGGAUUCAUUCCACCAUCCAGGCUGGCUCCCGCAGGGCCAAAGUGGCUCCGGCAGAGAGGAUGAGCAAGUUCUUGAAGCAUUUCACUGUCGUUGGGGACGAUUACCAUGCCUGGAACAUCAACUACAAGAAAUGGGAGAAUGAGGAGGAUGAGGAGGACGAGGAGGAACAGCCGCCACCAACACCUGCCUCCGGUGAGGAGGGCAGAGCUGCUGACCCGGCUGCGGACCCUGUCCCUGCGCCCAGGCCCCCCCUAGACUUCAGGACCACAUUGAGGAAGCUGUUCAGCUCCCACAGGUUUCAGGUUAUCAUCAUUUGCCUGGUCAUUCUGGAUGCCCUCCUGGUGCUCGCUGAGCUCAUUCUGGACCUGAAGAUCAUCAAGGCUGACAAGAACGCCGUCAAGGUGUUUCACUGCAUGAGCAUUGCCAUCUUGACCUUCUUUAUGAUGGAGAUUUUUCUAAAAUUAUAUGUCUUCCGCUUGGAGUUCUUCCACCACAAGUUUGAAAUCCUGGACACCAUCGUGGUGGUGAUUUCCUUCAUCCUUGACAUCGUCCUCCUGUUCCAUGAGCACCAGUUUGAGGCUCUUGGCCUACUGAUUCUGCUCCGACUGUGGCGGGUGGCCCGGAUCAUCAACGGAAUAAUUAUCUCCGUUAAGACACGUUCAGAACGGCAACUACUGAGGUUAAAACAGAUGAAUGUACAGUUGGCCGCCAAGAUCCAACACCUUGAAUUCAGCUGCUCCGAGAAGGAACAAGAAAUUGAAAGACUUAACAAGCUCUUGAGACAGCACGGACUUCUUGGUGAGGUCAACUAGAUGCGCACCUGCUCCACCCCAAAGAGAAGACCCUGCUUCCACGGGCUUGUGUCUCUGAGAGAAAGACAGCUGCCUCUCCUGGGCCCGUUUCGGGGAGAGGUUUGGUUCGAUGCCUUUGCCUCACCUCCACCCAGCUUGGAUUCCGGGGUGGGCAGCUGGUAGGGGGAGGGGGGAAGGCGGGGGAAAGGCUUGCCCUUCCUUUCUUGGCGUGACCAAGAGCUUCCCAUCCCAUCCUCACUCCACGUCACCAUGUAUCAUAAACUAUAUUCUCUCAUGUUGACACUUUUGCUUGAAAAUGAACGAAGCUGGACAACUAGUUGUAUAUAAAAUUUUAUCUCAUCAGUGUACUUUUCACAUUUCGCGUGUAUAUUGAGGAACCAGUGCAUUCUUUCAUAUGGGCAUUCUGAAAGACAAAGGAAAAAAGAAAGCUACUUUAGCUACCAGCCCAUUCUAGAAAGUCUUCUCUUCCCAAGCUGUUCUCAACAGCUCCUCUUGGUGCAUAUUCCUCCAGGGAGGUUGUCCUCAGGUACCCAGCCCCUCCUCUGCCGCAUCUAGCUUCUAACUGGCUCUACCCAGUUCCGCCACCUGACAACUUUUUUCUCCAUUACUGUGCAAUUAAUGUAUAAAAGCAACUCCUUCCCUCGGGACCUCCUACUCUAUUCUUUCCAGCAUCAACUGCUAGGAACUGCUCUGUGGUAUUCCGUACAACCACCCGUUGGAGAGCUCCAGUGCCUGCCUCCGAAAUAGCAAUUAGACCCAAGACUCCAUGUAAUGAAGGUGACACCGGGGAAAGAUCCCCUCAUGAGGCCCUGUGCUCUACUUGCAUGAUUUUGUACAAUUUUGCUAUUUUUGUAUUCGUUUCCACGGGACCAGUAAAGGAAAGAAAACCUGGACUACAAACAAUGAGUAUUUUUAAAAUAAGUCAUGUUGAAGCAGAGGAUGAAUACACUGGAUGAACCCUCGAUGCCUGAGCUACUUCAGGGUCUGUCCCCUGUACCAUCUUCCCAAAGCUGCAAUUUGCUUUCCACACGUGACCUAUGUGCCGACAGUACUGGAAAUCACCAAGACCAGACGGUGCCUCAUUCUAAGGUCACACUAAGUAGAAUUUCCAAAAGGAAAAAGGAGGGAAGUGAGCAGAGAGAGGAGAUGUGUGGUUUGAGGGCAACCCCACAGGUCAGAGGUGUAACACCACAGGAGGUCUCCAAGGGAGCCCACGCCCCACAGCACUUGAUUCUAGAGGUGUGGUGUCAUUUCCUUGAUUAAAAACUUACGUCAAACAAAGGGGAAGAAGAAAUUAAACGGCAGCUUGGCAUUGAUGGUUGGCCGAGCCCUGAAGCCCGCCUCUGCAGGUGCAGACACAUCCACAAAAGUAACCGCAGUGGAAAUAAGAACCGUUCUUUCAUUUCCUGAGUUGGUCUGUAAUAAAAAGAGCGAUGCAAGCCCUGCCUUCCAGCGUGCUAACAAAGAUGGGACAUGUUGGGUUCUUUUCCGCACGUGACCGUGGUCAGUGCAUCUCAUAGGUAUGCGGAGGGCCCAUCAGCCACUAACUUGGAUGAAAGAUACCACUUUUACCCAGGUUGUCCUACCCCAUCAAUGUCAAUCGCAACUCAAUUUUCAAUGAAUUUUAAGGAUCAAAUCUAAACAAGAACGCUAAUGUGAAUUCAACUGUUGUCAGAAUUUUCUAACUAAAUUACUGCUAAAGUGUUUAAAUUUCAAUAAUUUUUUAACAGAAUAAAUUUUAUUAUCACA